ACCCCAAGUUGCUGGGGAUAAAAGUAGUAAAUACAAAAUACAUUCUCAAGUCUUGCUCUGUUGGAGUUUUGAAUCCAAAUAAUUCAGAAAUUGAAACAUGAAUGUUAUAAGUGGAAGGACUCUUACAAGCCAUUGCAGGGUUUUAAAAAAUAUUAUAAAAGGGGAAAUUGAGACUCCUCAAAAGAAAAUCACUGUUCAAAUUUGCAUAGUCUUCUGGCUCUUGGGAGAGUGAUUUUUCAAACUCUACUGUUAAGAGGUCUGCUAAACUUAAGAAUGCCUUUCUCACUGGGAUAGACUUUUAGAUAUAAUAGAAACUUCAGAUAAAGACAUUUCAGAAUAUAUAGAGAGAAACAACUGAAAGAGUUUCACAUACCUCUUCAUUUUCCCUUACAGAAAGCAGUGCCUAGUCAGUACUUAGAUACUAUUUAUAUUGUUUUCAGUAAUCUUCUUAAAAUGUGAUAAAUUUUAUUUAAGGAGUCAUGUGCAUUAAGUGAGCUUUUACUCUUUCAUGUUGGGAGCAAAUGAUUUUUGAAUAGCUGGGAAGAAGGGGAUACUAAAGGAUGUGUUCACCCAUGAUAAAAUGUAUUUCCGGUCAUACCCCUCCACAUCCCUCCAACAAGCCUUAUAGGUCGGUUGGUUGGGAGGUAGGUAGGUAGGUAGAACUACUGUUUAUUGAUCACAUAACAAGGUUGGCAUUAUUUUAAGUGUUGUGCAUGUAUUACUUCAUUCAACCCUUACAACAGUUCCAGCAGACACUGUUCAAGGUAAAGCCCCACUGCAUAUGUCUCAGGUGUAUCCUGUUAGGUUUGAAACAAAAGGCUAUCACCUGGUAGCCAUCAAUAAUAGUAAUAAAAAUAAUGAUGCUUACUUAUUAUGUGAUAGGUACUAUCUAAGUGAUAUACAUGUAUUAACUCUUUCUCAUAACCCUUAUAGUGUAACUUGGUUUAGUAUGAAAGUUGCUGAUACAGCCCAUGCUGCUUGAAUUGUUAGGAUAAGUAGGGUAUAAGAAGCAAAUGGAAUAGCUCAGUUGUUUGAUUUUGAGGUUAUUCAUAAUGUUUGUAGACUCUGAGAAAAUCUUGUGGACUUUGAGAAAUUGUAAGUAAUACUCUUCUUUAUUAUACAUUUUAACAGGGGAUUGUGGUUACAGGCUUAGGAGACUGGAAGCUAUUUGCAUCUCGUGUUUCAUCCCCAUUAGCCUAUCUGGCUCUAUUUGCAAUGAUCUUGAGGACAGUACAGUGAAUUCACGAAGAUAGACUACUUCUGGGUUAAAAACAAAGUUUUCUUGAGUUUGAAAUGGUACAUAGUUAUAAUUCUCUUUUCAUGGUAUUGAUUUAUUUUAUUUUUGGCAAGAACUUAGGCUAAAUAGAUUUAGUAAGGCAUUACAGUUAAAAUCUGGCUUCAUUGGUAAAAUGUGGGGUUUUUUAGUAAAGAGAGAAUAGGUAAGUUUUAGAUAUAUUUUAAAUUAUUGCAUUUUGUUCUUCCAUCACCCCUUCUCAAAAAUGUCACAUGGAACAUUCCAUUCAUUACUGCCUGAGAAAGUCAUUACUUUGCAAGCUGCAGUUACUGAAAUGGUAUAGUGGAAGAAAUGUUUACUUGCAUUUUUUGUUUGUUUUUUGCUUUUUUUUUCCCCAUUUGGAAAUUGUCUUGAAUAUCCAAACUGUAGCAAACAAGAAGAAGCAGAUUUAAAUUUAUAUCGGAGAAACCUCUUUGUGGAGCAUUUCGUCAGAUGACUCAUUGUCAACCUCCUAUCUUAAAAAGAGGAAUUAAUGAAAUAGCAUCUGAAGCAGCAGUGAACUCUUAUGGAAUAAACCCUGAUAUCUUCCACAGUGGUUUGUGGAAUAAUUUCAAUUUCUUCAGAUACAGAUUACAUAAAGAAGAUUGUAGGGCACAUGACACGUUCUGGUUUCUUGUAUUUCAGAUAGUAAAAAAAUUGCUACCUCUAAGAAUGGAUCCUGGAGAGAUCUUAUCACAGUUAAAACUUUCAUCUAUGGUUUUCAUCUUACAACUUCCCUUUAAUUUUUAUUUAUAAUGUUUUAUUCAUAUAGGCAGCUUAGAAUAAUUUGUGAUAAACUGCUUUAUGUAUAAAAUCAUUGCAAUGGUAGAGUAAUGGAUUGCCUGUGCAUUGUAACCACAAAGAAAUACCGGUAUCGGGAUGAAGAUACACCUCUUCAAGAGCACAUUUCCCCACAAAUCACUAAUGAGGUGAUAGGUCCAGAACUGGUUCAUGUUUCAGAGAAAAACCUGUCAGAAAUCGAGAAUAUCCAUGGAUUUGUUUCUCACUCUCAUAUUUCACCAAUAAAGCCAACAGAAGCUGUACCUCUCUCUCCUCCCACUGUCCCUGUGAUCCCUGUCCUGCCAGUCCCUGCUGAGAAUACUGUCAUCCUACCCACCAUACCACAGGCAAAUCCUCCUCCAGUACUGGUCAACACAGAUAGUUUGGAAACACCAACUUAUGUUAAUGGCACUGAUGCAGAUUAUGAAUAUGAGGAAAUCACACUUGAAAGGGGAAAUUCAGGGCUUGGUUUCAGCAUUGCAGGAGGUACAGACAACCCACACAUUGGAGAUGACUCAAGUAUUUUCAUUACCAAAAUCAUUACAGGGGGAGCAGCUGCACAAGAUGGAAGAUUGCGGGUCAAUGACUGCAUAUUGCGAGUAAAUGAAGUAGAUGUUCGUGAUGUAACACAUAGCAAAGCAGUUGAAGCAUUAAAAGAAGCAGGAUCUAUCGUACGCUUGUAUGUAAAAAGGCGGAAACCAGUAUCCGAAAAAAUAAUGGAAAUAAAGCUCAUUAAAGGUCCUAAAGGUCUUGGAUUCAGCAUUGCUGGAGGUGUUGGAAAUCAACAUAUCCCUGGGGAUAAUAGCAUCUAUGUAACCAAAAUAAUUGAAGGAGGUGCUGCACAUAAAGAUGGUAAACUUCAGAUUGGAGAUAAACUUCUAGCGGUGAAUAGUGUGUGUUUAGAAGAAGUUACUCAUGAAGAAGCAGUGACUGCUUUAAAGAACACAUCUGAUUUUGUUUACUUGAAGGUAGCAAAACCCACAAGUAUGUAUAUGAAUGAUGGCUACACACCACCUGAUAUCACCAACUCUGCUUCUCAGCCUGUUGAUAACCAUAUUAGCCCAUCAUCCUACUUGGGCCAGACACCAGUAUCACCAGCCAGAUACUCACCUGUUUCAAAAGCAGUGCUUGGAGAUGAUGAAAUUACACGAGAACCUAGGAAAGUUGUUCUUCAUCGUGGCUCAACAGGCCUUGGUUUCAACAUUGUAGGAGGUGAAGAUGGAGAAGGAAUAUUUAUUUCCUUUAUCUUGGCUGGAGGACCUGCUGAUCUUAGUGGAGAACUCAGAAAAGGAGAUCGUAUUAUAUCGGUGAACAGUGUUGACCUCAGAACUGCCAGCCAUGAACAAGCAGCAGCUGCUUUGAAAAAUGCUGGCCAGGCUGUCACAAUUGUUGCACAGUAUCGACCUGAAGAAUACAGUCGUUUUGAAGCAAAAAUACAUGAUUUACGGGAGCAGAUGAUGAAUAGUAGCAUUAGUUCAGGCUCAGGUUCUCUUCGAACUAGCCAGAAGCGAUCCCUGUAUGUCAGAGCCCUUUUUGAUUAUGACAAGACUAAAGACAGUGGCCUUCCCAGUCAGGGAUUGAACUUCAAAUUUGGAGAUAUCCUCCACGUUAUUAAUGCUUCUGAUGAUGAAUGGUGGCAAGCCAGGCAGGUGACACAAGAUGGUGAGAGUGAUGAAGUUGGGGUGAUUCCAAGUAAACGCAGGGUUGAGAAGAAAGAACGGGCUCGAUUAAAAACAGUGAAAUUCAAUUCGAAAACAAGAGGAGAUAAAGGGGAGAUCCCUGACGACAUGGGAUCAAAAGGCCUGAAGCAUGUAACUUCUAAUGCCAGCGAUAGUGAAAGUAGUUACCUAAUCUUGAUUACAGAUGAGUAUGGCUGCUCAAAAGGUGGUCAAGAAGAAUAUGUCUUGUCAUAUGAACCAGUGAAUCAACAAGAAGUUAAUUACACUCGACCAGUGAUCAUAUUGGGACCUAUGAAAGACAGGAUAAAUGAUGACUUGAUCUCAGAAUUUCCUGACAAAUUUGGAUCAUGUGUUCCUCAUACAACUAGACCAAAAAGAGAUUAUGAGGUUGAUGGAAGAGAUUAUCAUUUUGUGACUUCAAGAGAGCAGAUGGAAAAAGAUAUACAGGAACAUAAAUUCAUUGAAGCUGGCCAGUAUAACAACCAUCUGUAUGGAACAAGUGUUCAGUCUGUGCGAGAAGUAGCAGAAAAGGGCAAACACUGUAUCCUCGAUGUGUCUGGAAAUGCCAUAAAGAGAUUACAGAUUGCACAACUUUACCCAGUCUCCAUUUUUAUUAAACCCAAAUCCAUGGAAAAUAUCAUGGAAAUGAAUAAGCGUCUAACAGAAGAACAAGCCAGAAAAACGUUUGAGAGAGCCGUGAAACUGGAACAAGAAUUUACUGAGCAUUUCACAGCUAUUGUACAGGGUGAUACUCUGGAAGACAUUUAUAACCAAGUGAAGCAGAUCAUAGAAGAACAGUCUGGUCCUUACAUCUGGGUUCCAGCAAAAGAAAAGUUAUGAGGACUGAUGUUUCUGUUUCUCUUUUCCACAAUGUAAUUUUCUUUGACAUUUCUUUGCCCUUUGGAGCCUGUCUUCAGUACUCCUUCCAUUUUGAAUCAUAUCCCACUCAUCAUGGUCUCAGUUGCACUUAUUUUUGACAUCUAGUGUCUCCUUCAAGUUGUAGCAUCUGUAUUAUUUUAUGUCACUGUUGGUUUGUGGCCAUUUUUCAGAACUGAAGAUGGAAUGGCCUGACCAGCUAUUAAGGAUUUGGGAAGAUGAGGAAAUUGUGGUAAAAUUCCUUAAUGUUUAAGGGGAAGUAACUUUAAAAGAUUUUCAGAAAAGCUUUAUAUACAUUUUUUUCAGAUUUCAAUAUCAAUGAAAGAAAAGUGGUUUUAAUCAAUGAUUUAGUAAAUUUGGAGCAACAAUGCACGCUUAACUUUAAUAGCAUGGUUUGGUCAAUAUAUAUUAGCUCUCAGAUUUUUUUCUCAAUUGAUUCUGUUAUCACAACAAAUACUUCAUUAUAGAGAAGAAAUAAGGAAAGACAGUUUUUUAAUUUCGAAAUUAAUGUCUGGGUUAACAUUCAUAAUUUUAAAAGGGAUAUUCAUUUUUCAUAAGAGUUGUUAAUGUCUUUUAUUGUUUGAGGAUUUUUUUUUUCCAAAACACCUGCUAGAGAUAACAGUGUUUAAAUGGUUUUAAGCUACUUCUACAACACUGUUUGUAGCGUCUCACAAAAAUUAUCCACACAUAAUGAGCAUCACAUUUCUGAAUUGAGGCCAUGGUUAGAUAGAUGCUAGGGGAGCUCACCCUUUACGCAUAAGGUUGAGAAAAUUUCAAAGAUAUAAACACAGAAAAAACAGACAUUACAUUGAUAUAAUAAUCAUUAUGACAGUGUAAAAGGAGUCCAACUCAUAAUCCAAAACUUUAAACAUAAUCUUAGGAGUCAUAUUUUAAUGAAUAUUUACCCACAAUAACUGCUUAUUUUGUUAUAAUAAAAAAUAUAUAUAAAUAUAUAUAUAUGAAACUUUCUUUAAACUCUGUAACUAUGGGAAUUAUUUUUACAUAGUUGCGCACACAAACAUAUAUAUUUAAAAUAUAUUUCUUUUGCCACCUACUCUUUUUGUUUGUUUUUUAAAUUAAAUAUUAACUGAUUAGACUUUAUUUUCCUUAAUCAUGUGAACAGAAAACAGUUACGGAAAGUGGUUAUGGAAAGAAACCUCUUGGGAAAUUAGAUUACAAGUAUGGGCGUGUGUUCUCCUCUUUUCUAUAAAAGUUUUCAAAUGGUUCCUGGUUGGUUGGUUUUUGUUCCUGUUGUUCUUGUUAUUGGGUUUGAAUUUGGUCCUCUGCCUCUCCUUCCAGUUCUCCUUUCAUUAAUAGGCAAAGAGUCAAAAGCUUCCUGUGUGUGUUUUCCCUCUCAGAAUGCACAACUUUUGUCUCUCGUGGCUGCUCUGUACUAGAGUUGUGCAAAUCUUCAUGGUGAGCAAUUUCAAGAAAUUUUAGUGAAAGAUAUUUCAGAAAUCAAUUUCUCUGGUCUUUUAUACUAAUAAUAUUGUUUAGCUGCCCAUUGCUUUUUUGGCAUUGUUUAUUAAAUAUGUUUUUGAAACCUCCAUAUUACAAUUUCUUAAAUGAGUACUAGUUUGUAAAGAAUUAUCAUUAUUAUCCAUUCCAUUCAUGAGAAAGAGGAGAACAACUAAUAAACUUUAUUGUAAAAUUCAUGUUAAAUGUGUCUUGAAUUCUGAAAGAAAAAAUUAUUUUACAAGCUAACAUCUUCUUGUAAAAGUUUGAUGUAUCACAUAAUUUUUAAACUGUAUUCAAGAGCUAUUAGGCAAGUGAGUUGAAAUUUCUCCUGUAGGCUUUGGGAUUAAGUAUGUUAACACACUGAACUGUAUUCUAUAGCUCUUAAAUUAAAUACAGUAGAUUGGUACCAAACUUAAUAUGCAAGAAGAAAAUCAUUGUAAAAUAAUUCAUAAGCCCCAGAAAUUACCUUACAGCAAAACCUCCACAUAAGCCAUUUGGAAGUAUUUACUGGUCAUAUGUUAUUAAAAAAGAGGUUAUAAAAUGAUGCCAUUUAUGUGUCAGAGUAUAUCAUAUUGCUUUAUGGAUUACCUUGCUAGGUGAUUUCUUGGGGGGGUAAGAAAAUACAGUUGACCUUUCAACAGCAUGGGUUUCAACUGUAGAGGUCCACUAUAUAUGUGGAUUUUUU